AUGACUGGAAAAAGCUUAUCGUUUCUUUUCAUGGCUGGUUGGACUUUCCUCUUAUUGGAGUUGUCGUUGAAUCCCUCCGUGGCAAAAGGACACCAUGAUGUACACGACGUAUCAGCAAAGGAAAGCAUCGAGGAAAUCGCUAAGCCGAUGAACGACGAGUGGGCCCGCGACACUGUCCAAAUGUAUUCCAGGAAUGAAGUCGGUCAGGUCUCGGGUCACUACCUGAAAAUUGACGGAAAAUCUGUUGUUGCAUAUGCCACAGACACAGAUCCAAAAACUCAAUUAAAGUUUCUUCAUACUGUGGACCUGAUUGGUCAAAAAGCAGUUCAAAUGAUUAUUUUGGCGAGUAGCAGUGGUGGAACCGUAGUGGCCGUAAACAAAACAGAUGACACCGUCUUUGUAAAGACUCUGUCGACAUCUCUGUCAAGUCUUAACAGAUUGAAACAAGUGAAACUUCUUUAUCCUGAAAUUCUGUUUCGAAAAGUAUCCAGAGAAGCUGGGAGUGAGAUCUUUUAUUUAAAGUCAUACCUUAGUGGUAAGAGGCGGAUUUUGGGUUUUGAUAAAAAAGGUCUUCCAUUGAAUACCAGCCAGGUGAGGCCUGAUUCUGUGGAAAGUUUUAUCACUAUUAUAUAA